AAGAAGUUUAAUAUUCAAAUUCUAGAAAAUAAGAAACAAUGGCUUUAAAGAGAAACUACGUCUCCCAUAGUGCUCUGAGCCCUGGCCGCGUAGGUGUUUCCGGUGUCUUAUAACAUUUUACUUCCUUCCACACAGGCUGACACGAACAAACGAGAAAGAAGACGUCGUUAAGUUUUAAAUGUUACCGCCAAUACUCGGAUUUUGAACUUAGUUUUUUGUUAGUUUCUGUUGUAAAAUUCGCGGUAUGUGGCGAAUGGUGUCGGAGGACUGAAGAAUCGGUGCAAAACGUAGUCCGUAACGUGUAGGCCUCCGAAGAAAGUUUGGUCGAGGGCCUGUAAACAACAUGUCCUCCGCCUCGCAGUCUUCCUCGAGACGGCAAUGGUGCUACCUCUGCGACCUGCCCAAGAUGCCUUGGGCUAUGCUGUGGGAGUUCAGCGAAGCUGUAUGCCGGGGUUGUGUCAACUACGACGGCGCAGACCGGAUAGAACUCCUCAUUGAAACUGCCAGGCAGCUGAAGAGCACUCACGGAGUUUUAGACGGCAGGUCCCCCGGUCCACAGCAGGGCAAACCCAGCUCUGCUGGGCCCCUUGAAGCGGGGCGGCAUCACGGAGAGCGUGUAGACCGGGGGAGGGGUGAGUAUGGGGCUUCUUCUCGCCUCCCCAAUGGUCUGCACAGAGCUGAAGAUGUAGCUUUGUCAGAGGGCAGCCGACAGAGCCCGAACACUCGUCGGGCUAUGCCUGGGGUAGUUUCUAGUCUUCAUAACACCAUACCCCAUGCCUUGAUAGCUCAGGGGCUAGUAGCAACAGCUUCUCAUGGCAUUUUAACCCCAUUAACAAGCACGAGAGCUGGGGCCGCUCCUAUUGCCGUCUCAGCUGGCCCCAUAAUAAGCGACAGUGGCAGAAGACAGGCUGUGUCGCUGGGUAUGGGACCUAGCACUUCUACUCUAGUGGGCAUAGAUCCGGCAGUGUGGAGGAACAGUGAAGUAAUGGCUGAACUGAAUGAGGUGGCUCGUAGUAGAGUGGAAGGGUGGCCUAACCGUCCCAAAGCAGUUCGGGAUGUGCUGGUAGCUCUCAGCAGCUGUGUCCCCUUCAAUGUGCGCUUCAGGAAAGACCAUAAUCUGAUGGGGCGUGUUCUGGCCUUUGAUGCUAGCGCUACUCCGGAGUUUGAGCUGAAGGUGUUCGCGGAGUAUCCCUCUGGCUCUGGAAUGAUCUACUCAGGAGUUCCAGAUCUGGUCAGGCAGAUGUUCCGUGACUCUGCCAAAGAUGCUGGUAAGGCAGUAAACUCUGGGCUGCGCUACGUGGAAUAUGAGAAACGGCAAGGGACCGGAGACUGGCGUGGGCUGUCUGAGCUGUUGAAUGAUGGUGUGCGUAUGUUUAAAGAGCCCCCAAUCCCAGAGGUUCUGCCACAGCCAGACCCAGUGCUGUCUUUGGCAGCUCCUGGACGCCCCGGACCAGCCAAGGGCACAACCAGGCGCCGAAAGGCUUCUCCAGGCUCUGAGAACGGAGAGAGUGAGGGAAGGGCCGAACACCCUGUGAGGGAGCCCUGGCCCCGGGGCACGUACUCAGGCAUGGAACCUCUUCCUGGCAUGGCCGUACCUCAAGAGGGCCCACCUCGUCUACACAACCAGCCUUCACCCAUCUCAGCACUUAUGGGAGUGGCAGAUGGCCUGAGCUCCAGUCACAUGGCCAGAGAGAGCCCCAGCAUGUCCACAGCCCACUCCUCAGCUGGGCGCCCCACAAGCAGCAGCCCCUCGACUCCCUCCACCUCAGUCUCCCAGGCAGCUGUAGGGCAGGGUCUGAGCACUGGAGGACAAAGUAACAACACAAACACUGGGGAGUCUACAAGUAGCACCCCAGGCACCCUGCUUUGCUGCACCCUCUGCAGAGAGCGCCUGGAGGACACUCACUUUGUCCAGUGUCCCUCAGUCCCGCACCACAAGUUCUGCUUCCCCUGCACCCGAGGGUUCAUCCGCAGCCAAGGUCAAGGAGGAGAGGUGUACUGCCCCAGCGGAGAGCGCUGCCCCCUGGCCGGAUCCACUGUGCCUUGGGCCUUCAUGCAGGGUGAGAUCUCAACCAUCCUAGCUGGAGAAGGAGAUGUGACAGUAAAGAAGGAGAACGACCCUUGACCCUCCAUCCUUUUGGCAGUGAAUGUGGAUUAAAACACAGUGAAAGCACUUACCUAUAAUCUCAAGCAGAGGUCCACUUUGGCUGUAGUUCAUCAUGUGUGCCUCCAAGAGCCGAAUAACUCUGAAGCCCAGGAGGACCACUACACAAAGACCGGUAACUCGAGACAAGACUCACUCACGAGAGGAGGGAGACGUCUGCGCGUCGGGGCUGCAUCGUGACCGAAUCAAGUCUCGACCCAAUCUCUCUCCAUCCUUUUUUACAAAAAACAACAAAAAAAAAUCUAUUUAUUUUUUUUUUCCUAGUGUGAUAAAGGCCUCAUUUCAAAAAGCCCAGGAUUAAAAGCACACACUUUUCUUUUUUAAAAAUUUUUUUUUGCUGUUUUUGUGUUUUGUUUUUUUCCCCCCCUAACAAUGACAAUCUGAUCUUUUUUGUUGUUGUUUUUUGCAUCCUGUCUGACACAGAUGCAGGAUACUUUUUACAUGGUUUGACAGAAUGAUGCAAUUCUUUAAAAAAACGAAUGUUCAAAAAAUGUUAAAACCAUUGGGUCCUUAAAGCCAAGGGGAAAAAAAUGUAAACCUACAAUACAUCACUUGUUAUUCUCUUUAUAUUGUGUGUCAAAAAUGUGAAUUUUCUUUCAAUAUGGCUAUGUAAUUUCUAUUUUUGAUACAAUACAAAUUUCUAUGUAUUUGUUUAUAGUGAUGAGAAGACCAAAGAUGGCUUCAUGCUCAAUGUAAUUUUAUUGUAUUGUAGCUGUGUAUGCUGUAUUCACUGAUAACCCUGGCAUCAGUCACUAAUUAGUUAUUCUAUCAUACAAGUAAGCUUGUUUUGUCUAUUUACUUUUUGAAUUCUAUGUAUGGUAAAUUUAUUAGCAUCACAAUCUUCAAUGGUUAACCCACAUAUUCAUGUGAUCUUAACAGGUCAAUUCUACAAUAAAUGACAAUGUAGUUAAAACUUA